AUGAAUCAGAACCCGCAAUCAAGUGAAGGAAGACCCGACGACGAUACUGCUCUUUCUGAUUUCCUCGCUUCCUUAAUGGAUUACACUCCCACUAUACCUGAUGAAUUGGUGGAGCAUUACUUGGCCAAGAGCGGUUUUCAGUGUCCUGACGUUCGAUUGACUAGGUUGGUAGCUGUUGCCACUCAGAAGUUUGUUGCUGAAGUUGCAGGAGAUGCACUUCAGCACUGCAAAGCAAGACAAGCAACAAUUCCAAAAGACAAAAGGGACAAGCAGCAGAAGGAUAAACGUUUAGUUUUGACAAUGGAAGACCUAUCAAAAGCAUUGCGUGAGUAUGGCGUGAAUUUAAGGCACCAAGAAUAUUUUGCCGAUAGCCCUUCCACUGGAAUGGAUCCUGCUACUCGAGAAGAAUGA